CCUUUAAAAACUCAAAUUCUAUCACUCACUCUAAUCCAUACUAACUACUAUAAUUGAUCAAGCGGAGUUCUUUUUUGUUUGAGUGAGGAGGAAGAGGGUGAAGCAGAUAUGGAGAAGAAAGGUUGUGGUGUUGUAGUGCGGGUCAUGGUGGUGCUAAUGCUAGUGGAUGUUGCUAUUGCAAGAAUAGUGACCGACCAGAAAUUGAAUAAAAAAGUAAGGAGAAAUAUGCUCACUAAUAGCCUUGGCAUGACUCCUCCAAUGGGGAAAGUGUACCAGAGUACCAUUAAUUAAAUGCAAUACACUGAAAUAUAUGCAUUAAGAGAUGAAGGAUUCAUUGGAUUUGAUCUUCCCACCAAUAUGUCAAGAUUUAAGCACUUUGGUUCAUGUUUUUCCUGUGAUCUAUGUCCAUGACUUUUAUAAGAAUCAUGUACGUAGUACUAUUAUUCUCCCUGUUAGGAAUCUUUCAUGGUUUUUGCCAAUAUAUAAUGGCAUAAUAUGUACAUGGUAAGGGCAUUCAAUCUCGUUGAGACAUUGAUGUGGAAUUGUAUAUUCUCUUAAUCUACUUUAUGUUUUGUGUAUGUUCUCUAAUUAUUUUCUUUUGCAGAAAGGUUAAGCUGAAUCUGGGAUUUCUUUUUUAUAUAGGUGGAAUAGUUGGAAUCAUUUUGGCUACAAUAUUAAGGAAAAGGUCAUUAGAGAAACUAGUAAGUUUUGUAGCAUAAGAAAAACGUCAUCAUUAU